AUGCAACCCUCAUCCCUCCUUCUCCUGGCUUCGACCUACGCCAUCUCUACCUCAGCAAUAGCCAUCACCACCACCACCUCAGGCUACUGCACCGGAACCUCUAGCACCGGAAACAGCACCAUCAUCCCAGGAACCACCUGCACAGCAGAAUGUUCCCUGGAUCGCCCCGGCGGAGACUUCCUUCCCGGUCAACGAGUCGCAGACCUCGCCGCUUGUGCAGCAGCAUGUAACGCCGAGCCCAACUGUCUGACCGCCUCUUUCGUMGAAGCAACGGGAUACUGCUAUCAGAAAAACUUCAUCCUCAACCCAGUCUCCAAGUCUGACGUUGACGGGGUCAUCUGUCGUACUUGUGCCAACGGAUCUACCGUUCCAGGGACGAAUUGUGUGGAGGAGUGUGGAAUGGAUCGUCCUGGUAGCGAUAUCCAGGCUAUUCAGUUCGAGGGAGCAGAUGGUCUGCAGAGGUGUGCGCAGGCUUGUAAUGGUAACCCUUCAUGUGUUACUGCGCAGUACAGAGCCGACAACCGGUUCUGCUAUUUAAAGGAGCGUGCCAACCAGGCUGUUGCCGACUCCAAUGUUAAUGGUGUUGUGUGCCCAAAGAGCUCUGUGCAGUGA